UUCAAUUUUAUUCUUCAUCCCCCUCGAACGAAACCUAUCGAUUUUACAACCCCAUGAAGGCCAAGUUGACCUGGAGCAUGCCCAGAAAUCGCCAUCAAAAUCAUUUUCGCUGCGUUUCGACACUUUGUUGAUGUUCAUUUAAAUCGGUUUUUGAAUAAACUUUCAAAGUGACAAGAAUAAAUAAUCUACACACAAAGAAAUGUGGGAUGAAAAAAUUCGAAAAUAAUUAUAUCAUCGAUGGGAAGUUUACCAAAUCUGACUGAUUUGGGACGAUGCUCGAGCGAGACUUUAUCGAGAUAUCGGCCGAAUUCGAUUCCUGGACAUCAACAUUAUUGUUUGCAACCAAAUGUAUGUGGGUUGUUGACUCCGGAGGAAAGGAAUCGGGUUUUACAUCGACAUUCGGGGUAUAAUAACCGAAAUCAUGGAAAAUCGCAGCAUUUAACCAGCAUUUAUGAUGAUGAGCAAACAGUUGGAUAUUCCCCAGACUCGUCGAGAUCAACUCGAAACGCGAUUAAACGAAAAGAUUCUUUGGCAAGUUCGAUCGGGGCGACAUCCGUUCGUCGAUUAAUAGCCGUCGUUCGAAACACAAGCAGCAAAUUAGGCCCGGUUUACACCCGACGAGUUUUAAUAAAAAACCUAAUCAUAUUUUGUUUAUCACACGCGAUCCUAACAUGGACAUUCCUACCAUUCUUAGCACUACAAUCAAGCGUCUCAAUUUGGAUCAUCCCCUUCGAAAAAAACAACUUCCCCAUCAGCAUUAAUUCGGGCGCAUUCCUCUUAAUGUUUUUAAACAUCCUCGGCGCGAUUUCCUCGAUAAUCGCGCCGUUUUUUUUAAGAAAAUUCGGAAAUAAUUCGAUUUUAUUUAUAUCGUAUUUAAUUUUAGUUCUAUUUUACGGGUUUCAUAUUUACCCGGUUCUUUAUUUAAUAAUCCCCGUUUAUUUGUUGUUCGGAUUGAGUUUGGGUCCGCUGUUUAUUUCGAAAGCUUCGUUUAUUAUGACGAUUUCGAGCCGGUUGAGUCAAAUUCAUUCGGAGGAUGACGAGGAGUCGCAAUUUUUACGAAAAACUUGUUUGGUUCGGAGAGUUUCGAGAAGUUUUCAGUUUUCGCACGAUUUGGGGUUUAUUUUUGGGUCGAUUUUUUCGGCUUUGAUUAUUAAUUUUAGUUUUAAGAAUCAGAUUUUUGAGGGGAAUUCGAAUUCGAGUUAUAAUCGGGUUAUGGAUGAAAUUUUUGAUUUGGAUGAUUUUGAAGAUCGAUUAUGUGGAUCCACCGCUUGUCCGAGUCGAUUUCAAUUGGUUAAUUCAAAUUUUUCAGUCAUUCCUGAAAACACUGCCACUGUUUUGAUUAUUUCUUACGCUUCGAUUACUUUUUUGGGGGUCAUUUUAAUCGUUUUUUUGGAUAAAAUCAAAACGUUCAUUUUACAAGACCCUUUAGAACGAUCAGAAGGUUACGCAGCUAUUCGAGCUGUUAAAGAGAGCUUCAAAGACUUUCGCCUCCAACUUUCAGCACCUCUAAGUCUAUUUAUUGGGCUAGAACAAAGCUUUAUGUAUUCCGAUUUCAGCAAGUCCUACGUGGUCUGCACCCUAGGAAUUAACCGCCUAAAUUGGGUUUUCCUCUGCAUGGGGCUCUUACAAUCAAUAGCUGCAUUCACUUUAAGCAUGCUGAUGAGGAGCGUUAAGCGAUAUUACUUAAUCGGAGUUGGAUUCACCUUCCAUUGUUGCCUCCUCUUAGUCCAAAUGCUUUGGAAACCCAUCAACGACGACCCAGCUCUAUUCUACGUCAUUUCAGCAGCUUGGGGAGUCUGCAACGCCAUCUGGGAGAUGCUCAAUUACACAUUCCUAACUAGUUUGUACAUAAACAAUUUCGAAGCAGCCUUCGCAAAUCAAACCUUUUUUAAAUUCUUGGGAUUAUCCCUAGGAUUUGGAGCUCAUUGCCUCCUUUGUAAUUGGAUAAAAGUGUAUCUUCUAGGCUUCGGAUUGAUUUUGGCGGCAAUUCCGAACAUUUGGUUGGAAAUGAAAUUGGAGGGGGCGAAAAGGUUGAGGAAUAUCAGCCGGUUAUGACAGUUCAUCGUGAAGCGGGAUAAGUUUAGAUGAAUAAUUUGAGAUUUGUAUAAAAGAAAAUAAUAAAAAAAAGUUUAUUUACAA